GAACGUAAAACUGUCUGAAUAGAGAUGCUUCACGCAUGCGUUAAAUUCGACCACGUGGAAACCGUUUAAUGUAAACAAUUUCCUGCAAGGUUCCCCAAAUGACGUCUCUAAGUGAAAUUGCCAAAUGUGAUGUCUGCCAGAAGCAACCAUUUAAAUACAGGUGUCCUUGUUGUUCAAAGCAAACCUGCUCGUUAACCUGUGUUAAGCAGCACAAGAAUGACACAGGUUGUUCUGGUGUUCGCAAUAAAACUGCUUUUGUAGCUGUUGAGGAUUUCAGUGACUUAAAUCUUUUAAGUGAUUAUCGUCUGCUUGAAGAUACUGCACGUGUCACUGAUAAAUGCAAACGAGAUCCUCUGUUAAAACAUUACAAGUCACGUUCUGUAAGUGAAACUUUACCCAUUCAGACUGGGAACUAAUUUUUGUAUUCAUUU